UUUCAGACGAUUCCAGGUGGAAUCGGGCCAGAGUAACGUCUCGGCAGGAUCGUUGCUUCGUCCGAGAGAGGUCCUUCCCAGCAUCCUAGCCGCAGCCAAAGUGGCUAAGAGCGCAAGUCCCCGCAGAGUGCACCAGGAGUGCCCGGGGGUGCAGGGGGAGGCCCAGGUGCAGGUGCAGGAGCGGCGAGCACCGGGGCGCAUGCCUUACCUGGGGCCUGACAUGACAACCCGACUGUCAGCCAUGUUCUACACGGUCGAGGUCGGGGACACCAAGUUCACCAUCCUCAAGCGGUACCAGAACCUGAAGCCCAUCGGCUCCGGUGCCCAGGGGAUCGUCUGCGCGGCGUACGACACGGUCACGGCGCAGAAUGUGGCGAUCAAGAAGCUCUCCAGGCCCUUCCAGAACGUCACACACGCCAAAAGGGCGUAUCGGGAGUUCAAGCUGAUGAAGCUGGUCAAUCACAAGAACAUCAUCGGGCUCCUGAACGCGUUUACGCCCCAGAGGUCGCUCGACGAGUUCCAGGAUGUCUACCUGGUGAUGGAGCUGAUGGACGCGAACCUGUGCCAGGUCAUCCAGAUGGAUCUGGACCACGAGCGCAUGUCCUAUCUCCUCUACCAGAUGCUCUGCGGCAUCAAGCACCUCCACUCGGCCGGCAUCAUCCACAGGGUGAGGACUUCCUGGAUAAGCGGUAUCUGUCUUGGUCUUGCAAAAAGGAAAAAAAAAUGUUAAACUAGGAAAAGUGCGAGGUCAAGGUCUGGACUCGA